GGGAAGUGAUGAAGGAUUCUGAGACCCCCCGCCCCCUCUCCCCCGCUAGAACAAAAAAUAAAUAAAUAAAUUCUGAGACGGAAAUUAAUUUAGAAAGACGCAGACAGGACUGUGGGAAAUGGAAAACAUUUUCCACGGAAAAUUGAUUUCUUUCCGAAAUUUAAUUUUCUAAUUUGACCAUAUGAGAGCCGUUAGGAGCGGGAUUUGAGCUUUAUAAAAGCAGCAGCAGGCGAUUCUCACCCCUCUGCUGAUCAGAACCAAGUCUCUGUCCAAUCCAUAGCUCUCUCUCUCUCUCUCUCUCGCUCUGAAGAGAGUAGCCGGGAAUCGAAUACGAAAGUAGAAAUCUGGGAAUUGGGUUUAGCAUUUGUUACCUCGCUCAGCUGUGCUGUCUCUUUCUCUCUCAUAUAUAACCUAUGGGGGGAUAAGCAAAUUCAGCACAUCUUUUUUUUUUUGUUAUAAUAAUAAUAACAAUAAUAUAUAUAUACAUAUAUAUAUAUAUGUAUAAUCUGUAGCUGGAUAGAAGAAAAAGGGUCUUUUCUUGUAGCUGCGGCAACACUUUCGGAGGCGCUCUGCUUGAUUUCGCUGCUUUUAAGGUCUCGCCGUAUCUUGCUCUGCACUGUCAUUUCUGGCGAUUGGGGGCGGCAUUGAAGUUGGGAAUUCGGGCCAUCUUGUUGCUUUCGAAGGGAAGAGAUCCUACUUGGAGAUUUAGCAAUUAUUUCCAGCAUUUAAUUUCCCCUGCCAAAUCUCGGAAUGGGGAAUUUUUAAAAGCCUCUGUUUCAGCUCCUGCCGGCUCUGUUUCUGCGUUUAGCAAGCCCCCUUCCUCGCUGGCUUCUUAAAGCAAGAGAAAAGUGGUAAAAUCCGGUCAGGGAAAGGACGGGUUUUUCAUUUUUGUGCGCAGGCGCAUUUGUCCAUUGACGGAUCGGAUAAAUCACUCGCUGGGUCUUUCAAUCAGUACGAGAAAGUGACAUCUCGAACUGUUGAACAAGAUUCAUCAGGUUUUAGACUUCAGGUUUAGGGAAAACGGAGACAAUGUUGGGUCAAAAGCAAGCAGAAGAAGCCAUCGUCCCAAACUUCAGCGAGGCAGAGCAUGAGGCCAGUCGUGAGGAAGAGAAAGAAGAAGACAAUUCCAUGUUCAGCGUCAAGAGCUUCCUCUGGCAUGGUGGCUCUGCUUGGGACGCCUGGUUCAGCUGCGCCUCUAAUCAGGUGGCACAAGUGCUGUUGACGCUACCGUACUCUUUCUCCCAGCUGGGAAUGCUCUCGGGGAUCUUACUGCAGGUGCUCUAUGGCAUCAUGGGAAGCUGGACUGCCUACCUCAUCAGUGUCCUAUACAUCGAGUACCGCAGCCGCAAGGAGAAAGAGAACGUCAGCUUUAAGAACCAUGUCAUACAGUGGUUUGAAGUGCUGGAUGGGUUACUGGGUCCUUACUGGAAGGCUGUGGGUUUGGCUUUCAACUGUACUUUCCUGCUGUUUGGGUCCGUGAUUCAGCUCAUAGCCUGUGCAAGUAACAUAUACUACAUCAACGACCGAUUGGACAAGCGGACAUGGACGUACAUAUUUGGAGCUUGCUGCGCCACCACCGUCUUCAUACCUUCCUUCCACAAUUAUCGGAUUUGGUCUUUUCUCGGCCUCGGCAUGACCACCUUCACAGCCUGGUACCUCACCGUCGCCGCCCUCGUCCACGGUCAGGCGGAAGGCGUGUUGCACACAGGUCCGAACAAGCUGGUGCUGUACUUCACCGGCGCCACCAAUAUCCUCUACACCUUCGGCGGACAUGCCGUCACUGUGGAAAUAAUGCACGCCAUGUGGAAGCCUCAGAAAUUCAAGUACAUCUACUUGCUGGCCACCCUCUACGUCUUCACGCUGACGCUGCCGUCGGCCUCCGCCAUGUACUGGGCGUUUGGCGACCAGCUGCUCGACCACUCCAACGCCUUCUCUCUCCUUCCCCGCACGCGCUUCCGUGACGCCGCCGUUAUCCUCAUGCUCAUUCACCAGUUCAUAACAUUUGGGUUCGCAUGCACGCCGCUGUACUUCGUGUGGGAGAAGGUGAUUGGGAUGCACGACACGAGGAGCCUGUGCCUGCGGGCGCUGGCGCGGCUGCCGGUGGUCAUCCCCAUCUGGUUUCUGGCUAUCAUCUUCCCUUUCUUCGGCCCCAUCAACUCCACCGUCGGAUCUCUCCUCGUCAGCUUCACCGUCUACAUAAUCCCCGCCCUCGCCCACAUGCUCACCUACCGGAAACCCUCCGCCCGUCAGAAUGCGGCAGAGAAGCCACCGUUCUUCAUGCCAAGCUGGACGGCCAUGUUUGUGGUGAACGCCUUCGUGGUGGUAUGGGUGCUGGUGGUCGGGUUCGGGUUCGGCGGGUGGGCCAGCAUGACCAACUUCGUCAACCAGGUUGACUCCUUCGGCCUCUUCGCCAAGUGCUACCAGUGCAAGCCUCCGGUGCCGAUUCACUCGCCCUCGCCCUCGCCCCCGCUCCCGGCCCCCCACCACUGAGUCGACUCAGCUCCACCCACCCAUCCUCCUCUCUCUCUCUCUCUCUCUCUCUCUCUCUCUCUCUCCAUAUUUUGUAUCAUGUAAAUGGGGAGGUAUCAAUAUUUCCUCUGCAUAUGAUGUGUGCCGGAAUUUCCUCUUCCCGUUUUGUUUUUCGCUUUUUAAAAUCAUUUUGUUUUGGGUUUUUUGUUUUUUGUUUUCGGUUUUGGGUUUAAAUUACUGGGGAAAUAGUGUGUACGUUGAAUUGUGAUGAUUACUUUUGGUAUCAAAAGCAUAGGCUAAUUAAAUGAAUAUAUAUAUAUAUAUAUAUGUUUAGUUCAA